UAUAUAUAUAUAUAUAUAUAUAUUUCAAGUACCCUUAUAUCCUCCUGGAUGCCUCACUAGCAGAGGAAUAGUUAACUAAGUGACCUCCUGUUGUCAUCCCUUUUCGCUGUUUUCAAUGUCUUGGGAGCACUUCUCCUAAGACAACAUGGAAGUCAGCCUACUGAUUCCCGCCUAAGAAGCUGCUUCAGCGGCUGUGUGCAGAUACCAGGAGUCUAUUUGUCUCGGAGGAGGCUCAGGGCCCAAUGAUCUUCUACCCUCACUCAGCUGCUGGUCAUCUGUUUAUCCUAAUAUUCCUUCAAGAUCGCACCGAGCUAAACAAUGGUCAGGCAGGAAUUAUUGCAUUAUUACAAGCAGCCUGUCCCAGCACUAAGCCUUACGAUCACAUACCCUCCGAUAGCUUCCCGCGUCUGGACAGAACCGCAGAGGGCAUUUUCGUUCCUUGCAUCCUAUCGUUUACUGGCCUGUUAAUGUUCGCGUGGGAUUUUGCCUUUCCGACGCCCUGCGAGAGGCUCCUUUGGCGGAUAGCCGCCGUCUAUCAACCCUUGUUUGGUUCGAGAACCCCCCAGAGCAGCGCUUGCGUUGGCUGGCAUGGAAAUUGCGAAACAUCCACCCGGAUCGGGAUCCAGACUUGGCGCUUCCCUUACGGGUGCUUAUCCCGAAUGCCUUGCGCUGUGUUUUGUAUUGUUUAUCCCGGGUCUGGAUCCUGGUGGAGGAUUUCAUUGGACUGCGGCGUUUACCAGAGAGGGCCUUCCAGACGGUGGACUGGUCAAAGUAUAUUCCUCACUGGUAGAUGAACCUACAUUCUAAGCUUUGGCAAGUUAGUCAAGACGUAAUAAGACGAAUAGUUAGUGAA